GCAUACUUUGUCUUGUUUCGAACAUCGCUUGUGACCUUAAACCUGCUGUACUGUUCUGAACGCUGGUUGUGAUUUUAUCAUCUACGCCUGCAUCUGAAGACAAACCGUUCAUAUUGUGUCACACAGACACAGGGCCUUCACAUUUCCAUUGAACAAGGUCCUCCCAGCACACAAGAUGGCUAUUCUGGACUGGACGUGGCUAUGCCUAGUUUGGACCCUACUUGUCCUGGCGGCAGGAGUGGUACUGUACUUCUGGGGUACCAGCACAUACGGCCGGUUCACAAAGCAAAAUAUACCACACCUUAAACCGCUUCCAUUCAUUGGAAAUAUGGCACAGUAUAUGGGGAAGAAGUCCUUACUUGAACUUUUACUGGAAAGUUACAACCAAUUCAAAGGCCGCCAAUUUGGAAUUAUUUUCAUGUUUCGGAUGCCAGUUGUUUACGUGAGAGAUCUGGAACUUAUCAAAACCAUCACUGUGAAAGAUUUCGAGUACUUCACAGAUCACCGAACAGAUUAUAUAGAGAGCAGGGAGUCGAUAUGGUCGAAACCGCUCAUUAUUCUCAAGGGCCAGCGCUGGAGAGACAUGCGGUCCACACUAAGUCCUGCUUUCACAUCCAGCAAGAUGAAGACCAUGUUUGUGUUGGUGAAUGAAUGCAGUGAGCAGCUGCUAGACUUCCUGGAGCAGAGCUAUCAACAGCCGAUAGAAACCAGCUACAAAAUCAAAAAAGAUGGCGAUUUGUUGGUGCUGGAGCUAAAGGAAUUUUAUACCCGAUACACAAAUGAUGUCAUUGCCACGACAGCAUUUGGGCUUAAAGUUGAUUCCCUAAAACAUCCAACAAAUGAAUUCUAUAUGAUGGGGCAAGAUGCCACCAGUUUUGGUGCAAUCAAAUGGUUAAUCUUCUUGUCAAUACCAAAGGUCAUGAAGUUUUUGGGCCUUAGCCUUGUACCAGGGAAGAUCACACAAUUUUUCAAGACAUUGGUACUUGACACAGUUGCCACACGAGAACGAGAAGGCAUCAUCAGACCAGACCUGUUGCACUUGCUGAUCCAGGCUAAGAAGGGAACUCUACAUGAAGAGGACUCUGCAGAGGAUCAGAAGGGUGCCAAGAUAAAAUUAGAUGAUGAAGACAUCAUAGCCCAAUCCCUCCAGUUCUUCUUGGCUGGAUUUGACACAUCUUCCACACUUAUGAGCUUUGUCUCUUAUCUGCUGGCCAUACAUCCAGAUGUACAAACUCGGUUGCAGGAGGAGAUUGACAAAACACUGAAAAAGCAUGAUGGGAAAUUUACGUAUGAGAUGGUCCACAGCAUGAAGUACCUCGACAUGGUCGUGUCAGAAACACUACGCCUGUACCCACCAGGAGCAGCUGUGGAACGAGUUUGUGUUAAAAACUACACACUGAAAUCUGAUCCUCCACUGGAAUUGCGUCCUGGAGACAACAUUAUGAUCCCUGUCUAUGGGCUGCAGCAUGACCCCAACUACUUUCCUGACCCUGAGCGCUUUGAUCCGGAACGAUUCAGUGAUGACAAUAAGCACAACAUCAACCCAAUGACAUACAUACCUUUUGGAUUAGGCCCAAGAAGCUGCAUUGGCAACAGAUUUGCUCUCAUGGAAACCAAAUCAUUGUUGGCACACCUGCUGUCACGUUUCAGCGUGAAAGUGGUUUCCAAGACACCAAUUCCUAUCAAAGUAAUACAGAAGGGUUUCAACGUAACUGCAGAAGGCGGUUUCUGGUUGGGUCUAGAGAAGAGGACCACUUAAACUGUGUACUAUAUUAUGUUUGUGCAUAGAAAAUGUGUAUUACUUACAUACAACAUAUACUCUAAUAUUUGUAUCAUAAUAUUCGUAAUGGUUUGAACUUAUAUUUUACAUGUAACACUGGAAGAUGAACCCAUACAAUGAAAAACAGAAGUAAACUUCAGGCAGUGAUUAUGAAA